UAAAUCCACAGACUCUGGAUUCUGGGCUGACCAGACCCAUCAUCCCCACACAGCAUAGCAGGACUAAGGGAAGUUACAGUCUAGCUCAAAUCAGUUCCUUACUUUUUUUUUUUAUUCAGCCUAUCACAAAAAUGUAUCUCAUUCUGUUAUGGGUAUUGAUACUACCAGUAACAGCAUUUGCAUUUCAUAUGGAGCUGAAACCAAAGAAUGCACUUUUGAAAGUCGGUGAUAGGCAUGAGCUGCAAUGCUCGGUGAAGGAUUGCAAUGAAAAGGUUACCAUCUCCUGGGCUUUGCUGGAGGACAAGCCAGUGUUUGCGAAAAUACACACCUCCGGGUCGGAAUCAGUGGCGGUCUUUGACCCUGUGGCGACAGCACACGAUGACACACUUCUCUGCAAAGGCAGUUGCGGAGAAUCGACCAAACAACAGCGUGCGGUUGUCAAAGUAUACUCAUUUCCAGAGGCCCCUGUCAUAUCAGGCCAUGACCGACUUCUCUUGGGCCAGACCAACACUCUGACAUGUGAGGUGACAGACGCUUAUCCUGCAGAGCACCUGAGGCUUGAGUGGCUGCGAGGAGACAGCAUGCUCCAGACAGAUGCGGAGUCUGUUGUGUCCACCUACACGUUCACGCCCACCCCCGAGGACAAACAGGCGAGCAUCACAUGCAGAGCCACUCACGAUCAGGAGGGUGUGCCUGAUGAUGAGAAGACCAAGGAAACCUCUGUUUCUCUCACAGUGCUUUAUGCACCACAGAUUAAGUCAAUAUCUGAGCUGACUGUUGUGAGAGUUGGCUCCAGUCCCACAUUGACGUGCCAUGCUGAAGGGAACCCCAGACCAGAGAUACAGUGGAAGGCCAUUGGUCCGCACGGACAGGCUGUCAUAGUAGGGCAGAGCGAGGAGCUUGUCCUUACAGAGAUGACACUGGUGGAUUCUGGUCAAUAUGAGUGUGUGGCAAGCAACACCAUUGGAAACAGCACAGCCAGCGUGAAUGUCAUUGUUGAAGCUCCCCCAACAAACACCUCCAUCAAAGUAAGCCCAGCCAGUAAGGUGAAAGAAGGGGAGAACGUGACGGUGUCCUGCCUGUCAGACGGAGCUCCGGUGGGACGGAUGGUGCUGAGGAGACUCUCUGAGGACCAGGAUGUAGCUCUUCAGUCCAGCAACGGCUCCUCCACCUCCUUCACCCUCUCCUCUGCCCUGCUAGCAGACUCUGCUCUCUACCAGUGCGAGGCCUUCAAUGAGCACGGCAGCCAGAAAGUCAGCACCUUGCUCUCCGUUGAAGCGUAUCCCCUGGAGGUGGAGAUGGUAUCGGGGGUGAUGGCUGAGAUGGGAUCCAAACUGGUGCUCUCCUGCCUGGCUUCAGGCUGUCCCCAGCCAGCCUUCUCCUGGAGGAGCAUGCUGGACAUGCCCGUCCACAGCCGCGCACGCAACCAGGACUCCCUCUCCCAGCUCCACCUGGGCCCACUUGGGCUGGCCCACGAGCAAGCCUACACCUGUGAGGCCAAGUGUGGCUCUGUCAUCAAGUCCAAGCAAGCAGAGGUCAAGGUCUUCUCUUUCCCCUUGGACCCUAUCAUCGAGAACCCGGGACCCUUUCUGGAAGACGGGAAGGCCACCUUAUAUUGUUCUGUAGCCGAUGUCUACCCAGCCAGUCACGUGCAGAUUCAAUGGCUCGAUGGGGAAACGGAGCUGCACUCCGGCGUGGGUCGGUACUCCAGUGAGCUCCAGAAUGUGACGUCGACGUUAUCUUUUUCGGUGGAACCGGAGGACCAGGGGAGACGGAUCACCUGCAGAGUCGGUCUUCAGAUGGACGUGGUCCAUCAAAGUCGGAGAGAGAGGAAAGCGGUGACUGUACUGGAGCUCCACUAUGCCCCCAGGGGAACCACCAUCACAGUGAGCCCAGCCAGUGAGGUGAAGGAAGGGGAGAGUGUGACGGUGUCCUGCCUGUCGGACGGCGCUCCAGUGGGAUGGAUGGUGCUGAGGAGACUCUCUGAGGACCAGGAUGUAAAGCUCCAGUCCCACAACGGCUCCUCCACCUCCUUCACCCUCUCCUCUGCCCUGCUAGCAGACUCUGCUCUCUACCAAUGUGAGGCCUUCAAUGAGCACGGCAGCCAGAAAGCUAGCACACACGUUACAGUUAAAGCACCUCCUAGGAAUACAACAGUCUUGGUCUAUCCGUCCACUGAGGUUCAGGAGGGCCAAAAUGUCACCGUAUGCUGUCGCUCUGUUAGCUUCCCCCCACGUGGUGGUUUUGAGAAAACUGGACAAUGGCACAGAGCUCUACUCCCCGGAUGGGAACUUCCUGCUGGUGAACCUUACGCCCAAAGAUACAGGCCUAUACCAGGUGAAUGUGACCAAUGACCUGGGCUACGAGACUAAGAUCUUCAGCAUUAACGUCAUGGAGAAGCAUUCCAGUCCUUCACCUGACUGGAACCAGAUAGUCAUUCCUGCUGUCUGCGUGGGAAUGAUGGUGACCACCACAGUCCUAGUCCUGGACAAUCUUAGGAGAGCCAGGAGGAAGGGCUCCUAUGAGCUGGCCAAGUGUAAGCCCG